AUGGCCCUGGCAGCUGUGGUGGUGAUGGUGAUGGUGGUGAUGAUGGUGUGGUCUGGGGGCCGGGCGCUGGAGCGCAGCGCAGCGCAGCCGUGUCUGUCCGCGGAGAGGGCUGAACUGGAAGCCGAGCGCUGCCGCGGGAGGCGGGCGGUGGGGGCAGGUGCCGCCGGCUGCGCCAUGGACGGGCCGCGCCUGCUGCUGCUGCUGCUGCUGCUGCUGGGGGUGUCCCUCGGAGAUGCCAAGGAGGUGUGCCCCACGGGCCUGUACACCCACAGCGGUGAGUGCUGCAAAGCCUGCAACCUGGGCGAGGGCGUGGCCCAGCCUUGCGGAGCCAACCAGACGUUGUGUGAGCCCUGCCUGGACAGCGUGACCUUCUCGGACGUGGUGAGCGCCACGGAGCCGUGUAAGCCGUGCACCGAGUGCGUGGGGCUGCAGAGCAUGUCGGCGCCCUGCGUGGAGGCCGACGACGCCGUGUGCCGCUGCGCCUACGGCUACUACCAGGACGAGACGACGGGCCGCUGCGAGGCGUGCCGCGUGUGCGAGGCGGGCUCGGGGCUCGUGUUCUCCUGCCAGGACAAGCAGAACACCGUGUGCGAGGAGUGCCCCGACGGCACGUACUCCGACGAGGCCAACCACGUGGACCCGUGCCUGCCCUGCACGGUGUGCGAGGACACUGAGCGCCAGCUGCGCGAGUGCACGCGCUGGGCCGACGCCGAGUGCGAGGAGAUCCCUGGCCGUUGGAUUACACGGGCCACGCCCCCGGAGGGCUCAGACAGCACAGACCCCAGCACCGAGGAGCCUGAGGUACCUCCAGAUCAAGACCUCGUAACCAGCACGGUGUCAGAUGUGGUGACCACAGUGAUGGGCAGCUCCCAGCCCGUGGUGACCCGAGGUACCACCGACAACCUCAUUCCGGUCUAUUGCUCCAUCCUGGCUGCUGUGGUUGUGGGCCUCGUGGCUUACAUCGCCUUCAAGAGGUGGAACAGCUGCAAACAGAACAAGCAAGGAGCCAACAGCCGGCCCGUGAACCAGACGCCCCCACCCGAGGGAGAAAAACUGCACAGCGACAGCGGCAUCUCUGUGGACAGCCAGAGCCUGCAUGACCAGCAGUCCCACACACAGACAGCUGCAGGCCAGGCCCUCAAGGGUGACGGAGGCCUCUACAGCAGCCUGCCGCCGGCCAAGCGGGAGGAGGUGGAGAAGCUGCUCAGUGGCUCUGCGGGGGACACCUGGCGGCAUCUGGCCGGUGAGCUGGGUUACCAGCCUGAGCACAUAGACUCCUUCACCCAGGAGGCCUGCCCGGUCCGCGCCCUGCUGGCCAGCUGGGCCACCCAGGACAGCGCCACACUUGACACCCUCCUGGCUGCCCUGCGCCGCAUCCAGCGAGCCGACAUUGUGGAGAGCCUGUGCAGCGAGUCCACGGCCACGUCCCCGGUGUGAGCCGGCCCGGGAGCCCCUGCCCUGCCCCCACAUUCCAAAGACUGAUGCUCCAGCCGACCCCACAGGCCAGCGUCAGAGCUGCGCGCCUCUGGGCAGGGCCUCGGAGCCCGGGCCCCCAAACCACAGCCCUGUCACUGCUCCUCUCUGGCCCCAUCGCUUCCGAUCACCCUCCCUCUCCAAUGCCAGAAGUGCCCCUGCUACC